AUGAUUUCGGGCGAGGUGUUCAUCGAGAAGUGCAACUUCAGCUGGGACCCGGAUAAGCAGGGAUUCGACCUCCGUGGCAUCUCGGUGCAGAUCGAGCCAGGCUCCCUGGUGGGCGUGGUUGGAUUCGUAGGUUCCGGCAAGUCAUCGCUGCUGGCCGCCAUCUUGGGAGACAUGAUGCGCACCCGAGGGUGGCUCGACGUCGGCGGAAAGGUGGCGUACGCCUCGCAGACCCCGAGCAUCUACAACAUGAGCGUGCGGGACAACAUCCUGUUCGGCCUCAAGCUGGAGCCCCUGCGUUACCUGACCGUCCUCAAUGCGUGCGAGCUGCAGACUGACCUCGCCUCUUUCCCCGCGGGUGACCUCACCGAGGUGGGAGAGAAGGGUACAACCCUGAGCGGAGGCCAACGGCAGCGUGUCGCCCUCGCCAGGGCUGUGUACAGCGACUCCGACGUGUACCUCUUCGACGACCCCCUGAGCGGGCUCGACGCUCAGGUGGCAUCCAGGGUGUUCAGGCAGGUCAUGGGACCGCAGGGGCUGCUCCGCAGGAAGGUCAGUAUUGGUAAAAUAUACGUGUAUACCAACCAAAAAAAGAAAAGAAAAAACGACAGCCCUGAAGCGCCUCGCACACGGCGCUCAUUUUUGCCUACGCAGACUCGCGUCCUUGUCUGCAGUCAAGGGAACCUGCUGAAGUACGUGGAACGGAUCCUGCUGGUGCACGACAGGCGCGUCUUCAGCUUUUCGAACCUGAGCUCGCUGCUGCUUGACCCGAACGCCCCGCGGACGCUGCGAACCAGUCAGGUCCAGCAGACGAUGCCCGUGCAGACGACGAAAAGUACCCGAAAGAACCGUGCUGAUUCCGGUCAAGAAAUACACCGAGGAAAGGUUACCAUCGAUGAAAGCUUACAACCGCGAAAGAGCUCGCUGGAGGUGGUGCGCCGCCUGCUGGCCUUUUCGGGCACGUGGAGCUGGGUGGCCAUACUGCUGUUCGUGGCGUGCGCCGGCGCAGUCGCCGGCCAGCAGUUCCUCAUACGUGGUUGGACCGACGCCGUGGCGAGGAGGGGUGCGGACGAGGACGGGAGCCGCGCGGACGCCGCCUGGGUGGCCGGUCUCGUCCUGGUUUCCCUGUGCGACGUGAUGUUCCGCUGCCUGGGCGUCGUGGCGAUGGCAUGGGGCAACCGGCGGCUCUCGCACCGCCUCCACGCGAACAUGCUGAGCCGGCUGCUGUCGAGCCCGACGUCCUUCUUCGACGCCACUCCGCGGGGCCGCAUCGUGACCCGCUUCUCGCUCGACCUGUACGCCGUCGACCUGCGGCUCUUCCUGAGCGGCAAGCAGUGCGUCCAGAACGUGCUCGUCGCGGUGGGCAAGCUCUGCGUGGUCGCCAGCCAGGCGUCGGUCGUCGUCCUCGUCGGGGCCGUCGGCGCUCUCGCCACGCUCGUGGCGCUGGUGUACAGCGUCCGCGCCGCGUCGCUGGUGCUGUACACGGAGGCGGCGCUGGUGGCCCGGGCCAUGCAGCACGUGGUCGAGACCCGGGACACCCUGAGCACCGUGCGCAGUUUCGGCGCCGUGGGCCGCUUCUGCCGCCUCUACUGCCGCCUGCUGGACGCCGAGGCCAGGGCGUUCGGCGCGUACCUCGCCUCGUACCGGGUCACCCGCUGCCUGGCCGCCCUGGCGGGACUCGGGGUGGUGCUGGCCACCCUGGGCUUCACGCUGGCCGCCAGCGGCGGCGACGGCGCCGGAAGCAGCAACGUCGGACUGGCCCUCAGCUCGGCGCUGUCGAUACCGAUCCUGAUGAUGUCCAUCACGCUGUCGUUGUUCGCCGUCCUGCAGCUGCUGGUGCAGUUUCAGAGGGCUCUGGAAUACACCGAACUUCCGCAAGAGGAGAAUGAUCCGGAACCCCCCAAGAGGCCCUCGCUACAAUUCCGGCGCCGCUACAGUAACAUGAUUAUCCUCGAAGAACUCUGGCCAACGAAAGGGAGAAUUGAGUUUCAGCGCUACACGGCCUCCUAUCGGCCAGGCGUGCUGCCCAAUGUGCUGAUCAGGGUCAACUUCAUCAUCGAAGGUAGCGAAAAGGUAGGCGUGGUGGGUCGCACGGGAGCCGGCAAGUCGUCGCUGGUGCAGGCACUGCUCCGGGUGCUGGUGCCCACCGAAGGGCGCAUCCUCGUGGACGGCGUCGACAUCUCCUCGCUGAAGCUCAAGAAGCUGCGCUCCGCCGUCACCGUCAUACCGCAAGAUCCCACGCUGGUCACGGGAAGCCUACGGGACAACCUGGACCCCACGCGCAGCCACACUGAUGCCGAGAUCUGGGACGCGCUGAGGAAGUCCCACCUGGGCGAGUUCGUGUCACGGAACCCGCACGGCCUCGACCUCGCCGCCGGAGAGGGCGGUGCAAACCUUAGCGUGGGCCAACGCCAGCUGGUGUGCCUGGCCCGCGCCCUCUUGCGGCGUCCCAAGAUCCUGGUGCUGGACGAGGCCACGUCGCAGAUGGACGGCGACACGGACCGGCUCAUACAGAGCACGCUGCGCCAGUGCUUCGCCGGCUGCACCCUGCUGGCCAUCGCGCACCGAGUAAACACCGUGCUGGACUACGACAAAAUCCUGGUGAUGGCGGGCGGCGAGGUGGCCGAGUUCGGUCCCACCAAGGCGCUGCUGGAAGACCCGGCCUCGCUCUUCCACGGGAUCGCCAGGGACGCCGGCGCCAUACCCCCGAACGGCGUCACCAACGCCGUCGCCGCCGAGCCCGCCGUCUCGGUGCCGAGACCGCGCUCCAGUUUCGUCGCGGCGCGCAUCCUGAGCAGUGUUCCGCAGGCCUGACGGCCGCAGCUGCGCACCGAUUGCCACGUUUUUUCGUUCUUUUUUUUUUCUCGGAGGGUGCCGGCGAAGGUGUACGUUAGGGGUGUGCGAAUAUUUAGAAAAAGGAAAUAUCGAAUAAGGAAUCGAACGGCAUCGUAUUUCGCGAUUCGGUAUACGCCGUAGCGUAUUAAGAGUUGGGGUGUACGUCGGAGAAUCCGGGUGGUCAAAAUUAAUCCGGAGACACCUACAGUGCACGGCGUAGACUCGGCGUUAUUUCGCCACUUUAAACCUUAUAAAUGUGUAGCGGCAGCGCAUCGGUGCGACUUGGGGACGAGAGAGCGUCUGCGUCGAGCCGAAGGCGCUGCCGCUAUACAAUUCACCUGAUUCAGUCUGUGAGUCUAGUGAGCAUUUGUAAAAAAAACGAAUAGCUUUAGAAUAGUUUAUACGCCCAAACGUACGCUGUAAAACAUAAUAUUGAAGCCAAAUCGCGACAAAUUUAGUCCCUGUCAUAGCAAAUCUUGGACACGAGAAGUUGUGUCGUGGAGCGAAUUACGCUAUGCAACGCUCAGGGAGCCCUUGAGGGUUGCCUUCUAAUCGCACGAUCGUUUUUAAUCGCCGAAGGGUCCUGGGUGUGAGAAGAAAUUGCUUAGUUAAUCCAACUGCCUCCCCCCCCCCUCCUAAAUAAAUUUCAUUCAGUAAUGCUAUAUUUACAUGUAGUUUAUCGAAAAACAGAGCGUGUCAAAAUUAAAAAGAAAGCAGUCGUUCAUAACGUGCAACGCUAUCGUAUAAACUUGCUAACGUUGUGAGUACGCUACGGUAUGAACACCGUUUUGCAUUAAUUGUGAAAACGUCGGUUUUUCUCGUUCAAAAAUUAUUCGACAUUCCAUUCGCCUUCGCUUAAUUCUCGCUCUAUUCGAUCCGUAUUCCAUUUGACCGGAAAAAUUACUACGCGUACACCCCUAGCGUACAUGGAAUCGCUUCGACGGGCCCUGCCUCUAAAUUUAACGAUAUGGACGUAAUUAAGCAGGACUGUCGGCUGCGUUCUUAGUGCUGGCCAGAGUGUGAAAGCGUCGUCCAGGAGCCAAAUUUUGAGGUGGACGGCGAAUGACCUGCCGGUCUGUCAGAACUCGCUAGAAUAGCACGAUGCAUGUGGCCGGCGCCACAUAUAGCAUGGCGAUGCUUUGCGACGCAAAGCGGCGCUCAUGUUUCAAUAAGCCUGAAGGAAGUGCCGGUGUCUUGAUGGUUGGCACGUGGAAAGCGUGCCCAUUCCAGAAGAUGAUCCGGGUUAGUGCACUGAGUGAUGGAUUAAAUGCAUAAUAAAAAAAGCUCGUCCGUUGAAGUCACUCUCUGCUAUGGACAAAUGUCAAAACUAAACGUUUAAUUAUUUAUUUGCAAAUACUGUCAGCUCCAUUAGGGACAGCAAC